ACCUUUUUAUUAUUAAAAAUCGUGAUCUUUCUAAUUUUUAUUUGCAAGAUGAUGAUUGGCUAGUAGUUAAUAGUUUAAUUCAAUUACUUGAACCAUUUUUUAUAGCAACUGAAAUAUUAUCAACUUCAACGUAUCCUACUAUAAGUGAUGUAAGAUUAACUAUAAUUGGAUUAUUACGGCAUUUAGAAUCUUUUCUUGAAACUUACCCUGAUACUAAUUUGGAUGAAUGUAUGGUAGCAAAUUCAAUUAAUUUUAAACUUCAAGAAUAUUGGGAGUAUGUCGACGAACCAACAACAAUUGGGGCAUUGUUAGAUCCGCAAUCUAAGACUAAGACUUUUAAAGAUAUUAAUAA